AUGGUUUGUUCUAGUCUCGAUGGCGCCGGCUGCAGACGGGGCCAAGUCGGGCAAUGGAGGACAAGACAGAGGCCAUUUACGUUUAAUGAGAUUGUUCUGAGGAACAGGUUGACGGCUCUUGUCAUUAAUGGUGACAAUUUUUGCCGGUUGCUGCAACAAGGAAUUCUUCAAGCUCAUGGACUUGAAACUGUCAACAACGGCGACGCUGCGAUCGAGCUCAUUGCCUCGGGUGCGAAAUUCGACCUUAUCCUCAUCGACAUGCUUCUUCCCAUUCUUGACGGCCUUGAGGCUACGAGGCGGAUUCGUGCAAUGGGGGUGACUUGCAAGAUGAUGGGGGUUCAUCUAGAAGCCUCUAGGACCUGA